GGUGCUUUGCUUAUUACGGGGUCCCGUCAUCACUGCUUAACCAAACCACGCGAGACCCCUAGGACCACUUCUCGGUAUCCUGGGAUGUCGACCGCUGUUGGGGACUGAGCCACCAUCUCGACCGCGAAACGUAAUGUAAUCUCGUCGAUCACUAGGGCUUUCGUCACAGAGAUAGCCGGAAACGCCGGCGUGAUUGGCCUAUGUACUGAGCUAUAUGUACUGGGUCAUAUCCACAAUGGGGCAACCCCAUCUGCCCAUGGAUGGUUUCGUGUACGAACAUGGUUUCUCGGUGGAAGUCAAUAUUAACCCACCUGACUACUUGCCUAGUGCAGCUCGUUCCUCGGUCUUUUAUAAUAAACCCUAGGAGCCCGCGCGUUUUAGAGUUUUGGUUCUUGUUUCUUCACCCGGGCGCUCUGCUUCUCUGGACGUAAUCUCCCGCCAUCAACCUUGCCCUCAGCUAUCACGUAAGUAUCCUCUGUGCCAACGACAACUACGUCUAGGACGACACGACCGGCUAGCUAGAUCUCGCGGACACACGAUGGCAGACAAGAUGGCGGAUACGAAAAAUGAGAAGAUGUUCGAUUCGGACACGCCUUCGGGGCAAGAGCUGGGGUCCAGCACUGAGGUGGUUGGUCAAGUCAGCGACAUCUCGGCAUUCGAGGCGCAAAAAGCAGCCAUGGGCAGCGCUCACUUCAACAGGUUAGGAUGGAAGCGACUCACGGUAGUACUCAUCGUAGAGGCCAUCGCCCUCGGUAGUCUGAGUAUGCCUGCGGCAUUCGCUACCUUGGGAAUGGUAGCUGGCGUCAUCUUGAGCGUCGGCCUAGGUUUCAUAGCUAUCUACACCAGUUACGUCGUCGGCCAGGUCAAGCUAAAGUUCCCCGAGGUACAGCACUACGCGGACGCCGGUCGACUGAUAAUGGGUAAAUUCGGGUACGAACUGAUCGGCGGCAUGUUCGUGUUGCAACUGAUAUUCCUCGUCGGAUCUCACUGUCUCACGGGUACUAUCGCUUUCAUGAACAUCACCAACAAUGGCGCCUGCUCGUUGGUUUUCGGCGUCGUCUCGGCUAUCAUUCUCUUGCUUCUCGCCAUCCCGCCCUCUUUUGCCGAGGUAGCCAUUCUGGGUUAUAUCGACUUCGUUUCUAUCAUGGCCGCUAUCUUCGUCACGAUCAUCGCGACGGGUGUGCAACGGACGGACGCUGGAAUCCCCUCUGAUUGGUCCGCGUGGCCGAAGGACAACCUUACCUUCACCGAGGCUUUCAUUGCCAUCACGAACAUAGUCUUCGCCUACAGUUUCGCCAUCUGCCAGUUCUCAUUCAUGGACGAGAUGCACACCCCUAAGCAUUUCGUCAAAUCCAUCUGGGCGCUCGGCUUGAUUGAGAUCGUGAUUUACACGCUGACCGGAGCAUUGAUCUACUGCUUCGUCGGCCAGGGUGUCAAGUCUCCUUCUCUCCUGUCGGCUGGAGACUUGGUUUCCAAGAUUGCCUUCGGUAUUGCUCUACCCGUCAUCUUCAUCUCCGGGUCUAUCAACGGUACCGUCGUAGGCCGAUAUAUUCACGGUCGCGUCUACAGGGACUCGGUCACUCGUUUCAUCAACACCACCAAAGGUUGGACCACGUGGCUAGCGCUCAUUACCUUCAUUACCCUCAUCGCGUGGGUUAUCGCCGAGGCCAUCCCCUUCUUUUCCGAUCUCCUGGCCAUCUCUUCGGCGCUGUUCAUCUCCGGAUUUACGUUUUACUUCCCUGCCAUCUUCUGGUUCAUGCUCAUCAGACAGGGCAAGUGGUACGCAAAGGAGAACAUUCUAAAGAGUCUUCUCAACGGCUUGGUCUUCAUCAUCGGAAUGGUUGUAUUAGUUGGUGGCACGUAUGCUAGCAUUGUCGACAUCAUCGACGGAUACAGCAAGGGCAAAGUUCGAGGUGCCUUCACCUGUGCUCCAUUCGAGUAAGGGAAGGCUCAGGAAGACAAAUUUCUUUAAUUUCAGUUAUGCUCGAUGCUUGAAAGACCGAAGUCACGCGCCUCUCUUCACGAACUUGCAUGGCCUGUCGAUGACAUUAUGAUACCUCUUUUUUUAUUUUUCCAAGCGUCAUACGCUAGCAAUGGGUUCAUAGCAUCUCGUUUCUGGAGCAUUAGAUAACACCUCGUGGAUAAGAUCUAAUUCCUAUCUAAGGGAGUUUGAGAAUGCGUUCUGUUUUCUCUAGGGUUGUAUGCAUUUGUACACUAUCUGGGAAUUGCAUUGAUGGGUACGUUGCUAUUAGCGUCGCGAAUGAUAAUCGGUAGCUGGGCAUAUUAUCUUAUGGGGUUCAUGCAUUGAAGAGUCGUUACGUGUUUAUCGAUGUUUUCAGGUUAUAGCAGCUAGAAAAAAUGGAACAACCAACUACGGAGUUUUUCUUACAAGGACUUUGAAUUAUUCUACGUCACUUGCAUGAGGCGUUUAGGUAACCAAUAAAUUCAAGGACGAGCGUAGCAAGCAUUUCCUUGGUUGUCCUACAUCUAUGACGUACCUGUUAUGGAGACAGCGUUCCGAUAAAGUUAUGAUUUUCACAAUAUACCAGUAC